AAACCACGUGGUUCAUCAUCCUUACACACACACGCGCUGUGGCAGUUGGAAUGACUUCUUCCUCGCGAGCGUGUAGUUUUAAAUCAUAAAUAAAUAAAAAAAACUACAUUUUCAAUUUAAAAAUCAUGUCAGGAAAGUCUGAGUUAAAGAUAAACUCUCAGUUCGCGCAGAAAUACGACAAAUAUCGACAGAGAGAAGAGCUGCAGAGACUGAAGGACCGAUAUGGAGACCGAGCCGAUGACAGCGACCCCGAGUCGUCCGAGUCCAGCUCUGAAGACAGUGAAGUGGAGCUGGACCCUGAAGUGGAAAGAGAUUUUUACAGAACGUUGUCCCUGCUGAAGAAGAAAGACCCGAAGAUCUACCAGACGGAUGCAAAGUUUUACUCAGAAGUGGCGUCCCGCGACGAGAAGCCGUCGACCUCGAAGACAGCCGUGAAGCCGAUGUACCUGAAGGACUACGAACGGAAAGUCAUACUGGAAAAGGGAGGUAAAUACGACGACGAUGACGACAGUGAGGAUGAGGAGGAGGCCGCCAAGAGAAUGGAGCGAGCAGCCUCUCCGAGCUACAUCCAGGAGCAGAAGCAGCUGAAGGAAAGCUUCCGUAAGUUCGUCCAGGACAGCGACGACGAUGUGGACGACGAAGACGGUGAAGGAGACGGAGAGUCUCAGCUGCUGACCAGGAGAAUCAAAACACAAGAAGAGAAGGAUAAAGAAGACGCAGACUUUGUGGAGUGGCUGAAAGGUCAGGCUGAGCUCGAGGGUCCGGAGGAGGUGAAGGACAUGAAAUACUUACGGGACUACUGGAACGACCCCGAGCUGGACGAGAAGGAGCGUUUCCUCAGAGACUACGUCCUCAACAAGGGUUACCGCAACGAGGACGACGAUGAUGAACGGAUCCCGACGUACGACGAGGUGGUCCAGGAUGACGUGGACGACUCUGAAGAGGAAGGAGAGACUUUCCUGGAGCGGCAGGACGACUUUGAGAGACAGUACAACUUCCGCUUCGAGGAGCCCGACGCUCAGGAGAUCAAGACGUACCCUCGCAGCAUCGCCACCUCCGUACGCUCCAAAGACGACCGACGAAAACGCAAAAGGGAGGAAGUGAAAGAGAGGAAGGAAAAGGAGAAAGAGCAGAAGCGAGAGCAGCUGAAGCAGCUGAAGAACUUGAAGCGCAACGAGAUCAUGGAGAAGCUGAAGAAACUUCAGGAGCUGACGGGCAACGAGCAGCUCGCCUUCAGUCAGGCCGACCUGGAGGGAGACUUUGAUCCGCAACAACACGAGCAGCUCAUGCAGAAGUUCUUUGGAGAUGAGUAUUACGGAGAGGACGAAGCUGAGAAGCCUCAGUUUGACGACGACGAUGAACUCGAAGAGCGCUGGAACUGGGACACCUGGACCGGAGAGGAACAAGAAGAAUACAACGCAUCUGAGCUGCACUGCGACGACGAAGGCUUCGUCAUGGACGCAGACUACGAUCCCAGCCAGCAGACGACCUCCAAGAAGAACAAAAAGGAGAGGAAGCGGCUGCAGAAGGAGGAUCUGCCUCAGAUGGGCAAAAAGAAGAAAAAGUCUCACUUUGCAGAAGUCGUCACUAAAAACAAGCCCGUGUUCGAUCCACAGGAGAAGAGUUUCGAGCAGUACCUGGAUGAGUAUUACAAGCUGGACUACGAGGACAUCAUCGACGACCUGCCGUGCAGGUUUCGAUACAGACAGGUUCUCUCCAAUGACUUCGGUCUGUCCACGGACGAGAUUUUAAACGCGGACGAUAAAGAGCUGAACCAGUGGUGCUCUCUGAAGAAGACCUGCAUGUUCAGGUCUGACAAGGAAGAGAUGAGCGACUUGAAGAACUACAAAAUAAAAGCCCAGAAUGAGAGAAGAAAGCGGGAGAUCCUGAGCUCUGUUUAUUCUGAGGAGGAUAAAGAGGCAGCAGAUUCGAAGAGCAAAGUCGGGAAGAAGCGACGUGAUCGUCUGAAGAACGCCGACAACGAAAGCAGAGGAGGCGAGGACGGAGACGACGCCGCGGCCUCUGUGAUGGACUCGACAGACGAGACACUCGUCCAGGCGCUCAGAGAGGCCGGAGACGAGGAGGAGGAGGUGCUGAUACCAAAGAAGAAGAAACGUGAAGAGGAGCCUCCGACAGCCGAGGUCACUCCUGAUGAAGCCACUCAGGUGACAAAGAGGACUGAGAGGCCGACAUGGCCGAAGAAGAAACGUCUAGGCGGGCGGUCGACAUCGGGAGUCGCUGGGGUGAAAAUCGGCGGCCGAGAGUUCAGCCGACAGAGACUGAAGGCGUACGGACUGAACCCAAAGAGACUCUUCUUCAGACAGCUCGGCAGGCAGAGACGAAAAGCUCAGGAGAAGAAAGAGAAGCAGAAAAGCAAAGAGUGACAGAGUUUAUUAUUUUUAUAAGAAUUAUAGAGAAAAUAACUUCACAUUUAAACUUUAAGUGGCUACAAAUUAAGAAUGAUCUGUAACUCAUGUCGAUACUUUCAGGACAAACUUAUUAGAUUUGGGGGUUGGUGAGGAUUUGAACCAGACGUGCAGUUUAUAUUUGAUUACUGACGGUUUGCUGGAGUGAAAACAUUCAGAUGUUUUUUUUCUUCUGUGGAAUAUUUCCUAAUUAAACCAAGCUCUUUAUCCCAUUUUGUCUCCAGAACUAAUUCAAGUGAAAAUUUACUACAUGGUUUGAAUAUAUGAAACAGUAACACAGUACAUGCUGAUAUGAACUGUUCAACCUCCCUGUCGUGAUACUUGGAGGAAUCGCAUAUCUUAAAUUUCUUAAAAUUCUGAAAUGUAAUUUAGGAUUUUAUUCAGUUUUGUUGGACAGGUAUGUAAACACAUGGACUGUUCUGUUCUUUUGUCACUAUAAAGGCAAAAACAUGCAGCUAAAAACAAGAAGACGAAGCUUGAAACAAACCUCUGUGCAGAUGUUAAACAAUGACAAUCUAUACAUGCUGUUCAUACAGUUAUAUACUGUGUACAGAGUGAUAUUUACAUUUAAACAGUGAGUUAGUACAUUUAUACUCUGACCGUUCAGUUGUGUUCAUUUGCAGUAAUUUAAUAUUUUCAUGCCGUGAAACCAUUCUUUGUAUUUUUAGUACUGUCGGUAACAAAUUAUGAACUUUAAUAAAGUGGAAUAUGAUCAGA